GUUGUUUAUAAUGUAAUUUAUAACCCCACUUUUUAGUGAUUUUUUUGUAAAAAUCUUGUCAUAUAUUUCUUCUCAGACUUUAGCUGUACCUGAACAUUAAAACAAUUAAGAAUUGAAUCAGCUAACUAGAAAAUUCAACUACAUUAAGAUGAGUGUCAAGGAGAUACAUGUUGAGAAUCACCAACAAGCUGAUGACGAUGUUGACAAUCAACAAGAAAAUCCUGUCAACUCAUUACCCUAUGAAAUAUUAGCAAAAAUAUUCAUGCUACUGCCAAUAGAUGAAAUAUUCGUCAUGGAAGAAGUUUGUAACAGAUGGAUGGAGGCUUGUCAACUACCUUGGCAUGACAUUAAAAAAUACAAAUCUCGUGAAUCAGUUGAUCGUGAUUGUGAUGAAUAUAUGUUAACACAAUUAUACGUUGAAAAAAUAUUAUCAAGAUGUGGCAAAUAUUUAAAAGAAUUGUCACUCUCAAGAGCUUUCAAUUCAAGUAUCAUGCAAUUUGUUGCUGAUCACUGUAAAAACUUGACAACACUUGAAUUUCAAUUUACCGUAAAAACAAGUAAUAAUGACAAUGACUAUGUUCAAGCUUUUACCCAGUUGGAUAAAUUAAAAAUCAUUAAAAUUAAAGUUCAUCACGAAAUGUACGAUGGAACCUUUUCUCUGUUCAAUGCAAUGAACAGAUGUCUAUCAAAAGACAUUAAUGAAAUUCACUUAUCAUUUUUCAAUGUAGAUGAUGACUAUCGGGGUAAUAAAAUUCCACCCAAAUUCGAUUUGAAAAAAUUUACUAAUCUUCACAAGUUGUCUUUGAGAGGCUGCACUCUUAGAAAACUGAUUAAAAAAAUAUCAGAAAUGACAAAACUUGUUUAUCUUGAUAUUCAUGGUUGUGAAAUUUUUGAUCCAUUUGCUUGUCAUACAGAACCUGGUAUUGAUGAGUUAUCAAAUUUGCAAUAUCUUGAACAUUUAAAUUUAUCAGGAGUUGAAACAUUUACUAGCUCGGAUUUAAUUGCAAUUACUAGUAAAUGUGUACAUUUGAAUUAUUUAAAUAUCGAAAAUAUGCGUUGUGGUAUUACUGCCAAUGUUGUUAGGACUUUGGCAAAUUUAAAAAAUUUAAAAACUCUAAUUAUCAACUGGAUUCAUAAUAUUACAGACCGCCUCAUCAAAAAAUUAACAGGAAUAACAACAUUGCAUUGUUUUGGUUGCGAACACCUUACUGAUACUGGUGUUAUUGAAUUUAUAAAAAAUUGUCCAGAUCUUGAAUGUCUUGAAAUUGGCUUAAAUCAUAAGCUUACAGAAAAGAUUAUUGUUUUUGCUGAUCAUGUAACAAGAGAACGUACGAAUAAUAUUAUUUUACAUUUAACAACUUAUUCUGAGAACGAAAAAGUUGAUGACUAUGUUAUUCAAUCUCAAUGGUUGGUUCAUCAUAGAGGAAAUCUUAAAAAAAAAAACAAGCAAAAAACAAUAAUUCAUGAUGAUUACAUAACAUAAUAAUUUAUUAAUGUUAAUAAUAAUUUUUAUAAAUAAUAAAGAUUAUUAUUGGCUCAAAAAUACAUUUAAAAUUAUUAUUUUCAAGUUUCAAUUUGUUAUGCCAUCAAACAUACAAAAAAUUGGUUUAAAAAAUAAAAAAGAAUUUCUGAAAAA